AUGACGGUGAAAACUGAGAGUUCCAUUGAAGACGAGUCUUUUAUCCUUCUCAUCGGAGCGUCCCAUUUGCGGUCCUUCGUGGACGGCAUUGUUGAGAUGCCAAGUGGCUGCCUACAGUUCGGCUUUAUGUCCACCCCUGGAGCCUGCGCAGCCGACUUGCAUCUUGAGGCAAUGAAAGCCAAUGUGCCUCGGGAGCCUGACGCCGUCUGCGUCAUGGGUCCUUCAAACGACCUUACGGCCAGUCUUACACCAGAAAAGGCGGGACAGGAAUUUGAGCGGUUCCUUUUGGCCGUCUGUAGUCGUUGGCCUAAGGUCUUUUGUAUCGGCUUUGUCCCGCGUUUAACCGAGUCUAGAGAGAAACAGUUAUUCUACCAGCAAGAAUUUCACCGCAGGUCAGCAAAGCUAGGAAUUCCUUAUUAUUCCACCGCUGACCACUUUCCUCUGGACCGUCUGAGUCUGUGGUGCCGUGAUGGCAUCCACCUAAGCGAUGACCACGGGAUGCACAUCCUCAGGGAUCUGAUUUGGAAUGCUGGCUAUCAGUUCCUGGAGUUGUCAGCACCAAAGCCACUGGUGCAGAGUCAGGCAACUCCUGCGUACAAACCGAGGGUGGUGCCCCGUGUGGUUGUGAAGGGCGUGGGGAGUCUUCCUCGUUCUCCUCCUGCUCCACACCCUUCUGAGUGGACAAUCGUGAGAUACGGCAGGAAGAGGAAUCACUCGGGGGAAUUGGACUCUGUCUCUGAUUCACCCAAGAAAAGAGUGGUUCAUUACCAGAGCGAUGGAACUCCUGUGGCUUUGAGGGAAUGUUUCAUCAAAUUAAAUCCUGUCCGUUUCUCACCCGCUAUCUUGGUUGCCAUGGAAACAGUCUCUCCAUCGGCUCUUCCAGAUGUUCGCACAGGCACCGAGACAAAGCCUGUGGAACAUAAAAAGAAACCAGCUCUCCCAAAGAGAAGCCGUUUGGCACGGGAGGUUUGUAAAAACAUGAGUUAAUUAAUAAUUUCUAGUACAGAUUUUUUUUAAUUUAUUUAACUGUUCUUUUUGAUUUUUCCUUUAGGCUUCAGUUCCCGCGCGUGUGAUUCCUGCCAGGGGAGUUGAAUGUGUGCCGCCUGAAGACACCGUUAGUGUUUUUCACAUUAACGUUAAAUCUCUAAUUAAUAAUGUGUUUAUUGAAAACAUUUGACAUAGUACCUUUGUUGAUUUUGUGCAAAAUCAGCUUAAUAUGUUUUUUGUGUCAUUUAUUUUCAGGUGGAGCCUGUUCUGCAUUCUGCUGAGGUGUCUGACCAUGCUGGUGUGGGGUGCGUCUGUGCGUUGGAGUUUUCUGCUGGCCAGCGGGUUUGUAUAAUGUGUUCUUCAGUCUCUAUAAAUAAAUAAAAUAUGUUGUCUCAGUGUUGUUCUUUUUAGUCUAUAAUUUUCAUAACAUAAUUACAAUUUUCAAAUUAUUGACAUUUCAAAUGGUGUUGGGAGUUUAUUUUAUUCGUUUAUAGUAACAAUUUGGUAUCUUUCCUGUUGUGAAUACUGAUUAAUGGAUCAGAGGAGGUGGUAUUUUACUGUAAAUGAGUGGUUCAGAGCACAAACAAUGGUUUUAGCUCCUCUGCUAGUAUGGAUGUCACAGCCAAGAGUUACAGACUGUAGAAUUUCCAAAUGUUUCUUGAAAGGUUUUUUGACAAUUCUCUUAGUAACACCAUUGUAGUUUUAACAUUAAUAAUUUAAAAGGAAUUUAAAUAGAACCUACUUUAAUUUUUUUUAUAAAAACAAUUGCAGAAAGCAGUAAAAAUAAAUUUCUCUACAGCACGCUCUGAUGGUUUCACAGAAAAUAUAGCAGGCUACUUAAUGGGAAUCCACAAUUAUGCAAAAGAACAAGUUCAAAAUGAAUUUACUUAAUUUUUAACAUUUAGUGUAACAAUUCAGAGCAAAAAUAAUUUGGUUUGUUUUUCUCCUGGCAUGGAUAUUUAUAGUGAAAGUAACAUUGAAUUCAGCAUCCUUUGAGUAACUUAUACAAAAGGAACUCUAGUGGGGUAGCAUGUGUAAUGUUGCUAAAUGAGUUUCAGUAUUAUAAAAAAUCUCAUAUUAGAUUUGUAAUAUAUUUGGAAGAGAACCAGACUGCUUACAAAAUGAGGAUGUAGAAAUGUCAUGUUUUUCCACAUUUUCACUCUAGAUGCCUGAGAUGGGUGAUUUACAGCGCACAAAUACUCCACCCAAAGGUCAGGCUGCUAACCCUGUUGUUUGCAGGUGCUCAGAGGGCUUUCCACCGUCUCUUAUCCCAGGCACAUAUAUUGGUAGUUAUCAGUCUAGCUCUGAUGCCAUGAUGUCAUGUUGUAUUACAGCAGCCAUAAAACACCACAUUUCUCCCAUUUGUACCUGGAAGACUGCAAAU